CCCAUGGUAACCACUUUAGUUCAGAGGCAAGCGAGUGGGUCAGGUUACAGCUGUUCGGCGAGCGCUCCGGUGAUCUCGCAGAGAUAGUCGGCUAGAGCCUGUCGUCUGGGACACUACAGGGCCGCUUUGAAGAUUUCAUCAAAUGGCAAAGCUAAACCAUACAGAUAAAUAGAGCUCCCUUUCAAACUGAUUGAUUGAUACAAACCUACAGAAUGCCUCAUAUGACUUAAAUACAGACACUCGUCUGAAGAUACUAAGUGGUUGAAGAGGACAGCUGCAACUUGCCCGAGGCAGCCCCUUGUCAAAAGUUAGGUCGUGAGGAUUUGUAUACUACCAUACAAUUCGCUUCUCACCUUUCUCCUGAUGAAUAUUGUAAUUCCGUGGAGGAUAAAUAUCGAAUAAACAUAUAUUUUUUAAAAUGGAAGAAGAUCAAAAGUGGGGAGUUACUGGUGAAUGUGUUGGUAGGACUUGCGUUGAGCACCCUUGCAAAAAGCGUUUUUGGAGGAAUUGGAAAGAUGUGUCUGGUAUAACUGUCUGCAUCGCAUUAUCUGUAUUGUCUCUUGGAUUUUGCAUUCUUGUUUACCUGAGGACCUCGGAACUGCAGUCCAGGAUACUAAACCUUGAAAAACAGAGCGAUAAGCAGCUCUCCGCGUGGAUCUCGCUCGAGCAGGUGGAACCCGUUAUCUUUGGACGAAUUGAUCAAAUUCUAGAAGAGAAACUGGCUGCUCGACUUCCCAAAACACGAGAGGCCAGAGAAGCUCCCCAUGGCUGCAUCUGUCCACCAGGACCUCCUGGUCCCCCCGGACGAUCAGGCUUUCCGGGUGACAAAGGAACAAUGGGAAUUCCUGGAAGAAUGGGGUUAAAAGGAUACACAGGGGAGAAGGGAGCACCAGGGGAGCCAGGCCUGUCUAUCAUUGGUCCACGAGGACCUCCAGGACAGCCAGGAACCCGAGGCUUCCCAGGCUUCCCGGGUCCGAUCGGGUUGGAUGGCAAGCCUGGACAGAAUGGCUUGAAAGGAGACUUGGGUCAACGUGGUCCCAAAGGAGUUCCAGGUGAACCUGGUCCAAAAGGGGAAAAGGGUGUAUGUGGAGACUAUACACAUAGGAAGCGGCGUAUUGUACAGCCCUGUGUUGGAGGAUUGGCCACACAGGGUGAGCCUGGAGCUCAAGGCCCACCAGGACCUCCUGGGCCCCCUGGGCCUUCAGGAACGCCCGGACUAAAUGGCGCCAGUGGGCCACCGGGUAAACCAGGUGAACCAGGAAAACCUGGAAAAGAUCCCAGGCUACUACCAGGAAUGAAGGGUGAGCCGGGAAUGCCAGGAAUAAAGGGUGAUGUUGGCCCUGCUGGUCCUGAAGGCCCCAAGGGACUGAAGGGAGACCCUGGGCUGAAGGGUGACAAAGGUGAGCCCAGCGCGGCAGGAACUGGCAUUAAAGGAGAACCUGGCACACCAGGACUUCCAGGUCUUUCAGGUUCUAAGGGUGACAAGGGCGACCAAGGUCUAAAGGGGGAACCAGGAUCUGACGGCCCAGCUGGACCCAGAGGUCCUCCGGGUAUAGCAGGGGAGCCAGGGAAAUCUGAAAUCAUCAAUAAUGAAAAUGAUAUUCGUAACGUACCUUUGAUGGGUCCACCUGGGCUACCAGGCCCUCCAGGGGUCCCCGGAACACCAGGAACAAAGGGGGAUGUUGGACUUCCCGGCCCUCCGGGUCUUGAUGGAGAGAAGGGUCCUCGGGGGAAGCCUGGUGAGCCAGGUCCUGUUGGCCCAGCUGGCCCUGAAGGUCCUAGAGGAGAAGGUGGUCCCAUGGGUUUCUCAGGACCCAAGGGAGACAAAGGGGACAUGGGCCCCUCUGGAUCACCUGGUCAAAAGGGGGAGUCUGGAGAUAAGGGAGGAAAGCCCGACAUGCUCUAUGGGCCCCCAGGGCCCCCAGGGCCCCAAGGACCAGUCGGUCCUGCAGGACCUGAAGGACGAGAAGGGCCAAAGGGCGAGCCUGGUAUAGGCAUACGAGGCGAGAAGGGGGCUUCUGGUUCAAAAGGCGAUAAAGGGGACAGGGGUCAUCUUGGACUUCCUGGGCUGAUCGGACCAGUUGGUGUGGCAGGCCCCACAGGACCAAAGGGAGACAGAGGUUUUAAGGGAGAUUCAGGAGUCCCAGGACCAAUUGGGCCUCAAGGCAUCCCUGGUUUAGUUGGACCACAAGGACUCAAGGGGAACCGGGGGGAGAGGGGCAAGAAAGGCAACAGGGGAACUAAAGGGGAUAAGGGAGACCAAGGAGCACCAGGAUUAGAUGCCCCCUGUCCGUUGGGCGAUGACGGCUUACCAGUAUCAGGGUGUUGGAAUAAAGGUCAAAAUCCUUUCCAACUGGCAAAGUAGUAGAAGUUCAAGAAAUCUGCUCAGCGAUGUUCGCUCAAAGCUACAGAAUGGAAACUUAAAGACCUUUGGAGAUAUCUUUGAGUUUUGACCCAAUCUGGGGUUGCCAUUUUACUGAUCGAUUUUCCAUCCGGCUGAAGACAAAGCCAGUAACAUUGGGAAGCUCAAGCGGCAGCAGGGAGCAGACUGAUUUAAUAACUCAGAAACACAGGGAUUUUAGUUUCCUUUGUUGUUCUUGGUUGAAGACUUCAGAAUCUUGUUUGAAGGCUUCAGGUGAUGGAAACAGCAUUAACCCACAGAGAUCUACAGAUUAAAUACAGAGAUCUACAGACGCAUUUCUUUGAGAUUUAUAUGGAUUUUCAUCUAUGUUUAUUCACUAUGUGAAAGCAAGACAUUUACUUUUUAUAGGGUUUAAUUUCCUGUGUUCUAUAUGACACCAACAACUGUGAUUCAAGAAUUCAGAGCAGCUCCCAGAACAGAUAAUGUAAAUUCUCUGUGUUCAUGUGUUUCCAAGAAAAAACCCCAAAACAAAGGGAAAUGCUUUUGAUGAUUCCUGAUAUCAAACUCACUGCCUUAUAUCCUGGGUGUUGCAGGCAUAGAACAUACUGUUUAUGUAGCUACAAUGCCUGACCUGUGCCCAAUGAAGAACUUUAGUGCCAGCAAUAUACUGUUGGUAUCCAGUAUAUAUAUGCAUGCCUAAUAGGCAUAGUAUAUUACACUUUUGUACCGGAGUACAAAACUCAUCAUUUACCAAUGCUAGAACAGUAAGUAUUGUACAGUUGGGGAAUGUUCGCACAUUCUCUGAAGUGUUCAGUCUGUGUUGUUGUAUAUAUUGUAUAUUACACUGACGUGACCUAGGAUCCUCUCAAAAACAGGCAUCAACAGUAAUUGUUUAGCAACAUGUAUAGGUUUUACCAAACCUGUUUUUACUCAACUUGGACAUUAUCGAUUUAGACUUGUCUUCUGAAAUACAUGUCUACAGUCAUACUGACAGAUUUCAAUGAUUAUUCUAGAAUUACUUGAUUCACAUUAGUUUGGUUAGAGCCAGAGGAUUCAGCAUGCCAUUCUAGAUGCAUGUCAUCAUGUAUCGCAUUGGGCAGCUAACUUCAGCGGGAAUAAAACCACAUCCAGUGUCUAUGAAUCAGGGGGCUUUUGGGUAACUGACCGUUCCCUUUAAAUGAUGACAUGAACCAUAAAGCUGGCUAAUUUCUAUUGUGCCCAAAUCUUUUUCAUAUUCCAACACAUGUUAUCAUGGCUGAAGGCAUAAGACCAGUUUUGAAGCAACUGUUAGUUUAACUACUGUACACUGACAGAGCAUUCAGUAACAUGUUGGACAGCUGAUAACUGAAGCUUAUGUUUAAAGUAAUUAAUUUAGGUCAUUAUGAUAUUUUGACCUUGAUCUUGAGAAUAACACAAAAAAAAUCAAUUGGAGCUGUUUGCGUAAACUUACGUUAUCAUUUUCUUUCUUUCAAAAGUGUAGCUAGAAUUACAUUUCAUUCUUGUGUGCUAACCAAGUCUGAAGACUGAACUGCCAAUAUAUCUUGUGUCAGCAAGUAUGAUAACUUAUGCCUUUUAUUAUGUUUAACACAAACUUUCCUGUUUUAUCUAAAAUCUAAUGCACAGAAGCAUUCCUUAAGUCAUAUUGACAAUUGUCUUCUAAACCUUCUCACAACUCAAUCAAAAUGCACAGAUUUCUUUUAAUAUUCAAAUUGGUAAAUAAAAAAGCAAUGCUUUACUAAGGUCCAUAUUCAUAUACAUAAAUAGUGUUUUGCGAACCACGGACAUUCGUUGUGGUUGUUUUAAUGUAAUAACAGCCACAGCGAUCUUUAGCGGGCAUUGAGGGUGAAGGUUUCAAACCACUUUUACAUAGUAGAAGAAAUUGGUAGCAGAAACGUUGUUCAAAGGCAAAAUGAUCCAGCUAUUUUAGAGAAUAAAAUGCCAUUCAAAUGUGUAUAAUUCUUUCUAACAUUGAAUGUGUGUGUUACUGUGUGAGUUGUUUCCCUUCCCCCAAAUGAUGAUUGAUUGGAAUGAUUGAAAGGUUUGCGUGAGAACAAGGAUUACACUGCCACCUGGUGUUCACACAUGACAUGCUGAAUUUGAUUCUCAAUGUAUUGAGGAAGCAUUCUAUUGAACCCUGUGAUAAUCCUUAAAUGAGCGGAUCACUUUCCUUACUGUUUGUAGCUGAUGUAAAUGCAACUUAAUGUAAAUUGUUGCCCAAUGGUGCUGUUUAAAAAUGCAUGACCUUUUCAAUUUGAAGUGCAGUUAUAUAGUAAUGAGGCUAUUUAAUGAUUUUCAUUCAAAAUAUAAGAUAAUUUAGCACAGCCAAAAGCUUUUUGUGAACCAAAUCUAUCAUCUUCAGAAUUGAAAUGUGUCAUUUUACAAUAUGCCCAUGGUCCUUUAAUAACCAAAAUAAUCCUAUUAAGAUAUUAUUCAAUCAAUAUUUAUUAUUUUGUAGCAUUUCAUUCUGAACAACAUUUACUAUACAGUAAUCUUUGAAAGGUGGUGUGCAUUUAAUUUCUGCUUUUCCUCACUGAUAUUUUGCACAAUGAUAGCAGUACCAUUCAGUUUUCUCACUUCUUUUCUGGAAUGUAUCAUUACAUGUUUGUAUAAUACUCUAUUUAUUUGGUAUACAUUUCCCUACUGACAGAACUUCACUGUGUCUUGAUCUUGUAAUAUUGUGUUCAGAUUUCUGAUUCAGUGUACUCAUGUUAUCUGACACAAUGUUAUUGGAUCUCACAACGUGUAAUUCUUCAUGAAAAACACCUAACAGCUGAUGAAGUGUAAUUAUUGCUGGACCUGAGAACAGAAUAUGGUCCUUUGUAAAUAUUUUUAUGUUACUAUUGCAAAAUAAUUAUUUUAUUUUUUUUCUUCAUUUUAGUAUAAAGCAAUUUACAAUAAGUUCAAAUUUCACUGAUUUUUGUUGAGGAUUGGUUCGGUAUCAACUGUACAUUUAUAUGGUUAAUCACUUAUAUGGUUGACCUUACAAAUAUGUUUAUGCCAGUCUAUGCUCAAGGCAUUCUGUUUUGUAAAAGUGUCUUUACUAUUUUGUGUAGAGCAGGUUUAGAAAACAAUUUAAGAAGGUUGUUGAACAGUGCCUUCAGAAAGUAUUCAAACACCUUUACUUUUUCCACAUUUUGUUGUAUCGUAAAGUACAUUUUAUAUUAAUUUAUCAGGUUUUCUUGUUCAUUGAUCUAUACACAACACCCCAUAAUGACCAAGUGAAAACCUUAUUUUAGAAACAUUAAAAUUAAUACAGAAAUCAAAUAUGAACACAAUCUACAGAAGUAUUAAGCAUCCCGGUGUCAAUAUAGCAAUUACAUCUUUGAGUCUUCUUGGGUAUGUCUAUAUCAGCUUUGCACAUCUGCAUUUGGGGACUUUCUCCCACUCUUUCAGCGUUUUCUGAUGCUCUGUUAGGUUCGCGAUGGAGAAUGAGUGAACAACAAUCUUCAAUUCUUUUCACAGAUGCUCAAUGGGAUUCAAGUCUUGGUUUUGGCUGGGCCACUUAUGGACUUUCACAUUCUUGUUAUGAAGCAAUGUCUGCUUUGGUUGUAUGUCUGGGAUAAUUUUCCUGCUAAAAUGUAAAUCUUCACCACAAUCUCGGGUCAACUUUGCUAGAAAGCAGGUUCUCUUUAAGUAUUUGCCUGCACAUUGCAGGACCUCCCAUCUUGGUUAAGGUCUCUGUAGUUCUGUUUGAAUGGUCAUUGUUCUUGGUCAGUGGCCAGCUCUAGAAAGAGUCCGGUUAGUUUUGAAUUUUGUCAUGCCCACAAUUCUCUUAGGAACAUUCUGAUAUAUGCCUCCUCAGACUUCUGUCUCAGAGGUCCACAGACCAUUGCUUGGAAUCUUAUAGUUUCUUCUCUGACUUGCAAUUGUGCGACAUCUGAGGCCAGUUCAACAAGGGACAUCUCUCAAGGAAACAUCUCAUGGAUGAUCAGGAAAUUUGAUUCACCUAAGCUAAAUCUGGACUGUCUGCAAGGCGUUUGAACACAUCAACUAUGCCAUUUCACUUUUUAAUUAGAAAAGUACAACAACAACAACAUAAGUACUAACCCUUUGACAUCAAUAGGUAUUAUGUGUAGAUCACUGACCAAAAAAAUAUUUCACACAUUUUGUGCAUGCUUUUUUGGGGAUAAAGAAGUGACGAAGAUGGGGAAGAGUUUUUGCUGUAAGAGCAUUGGGCCAGAAUCAAACCCAUGCUGCAGCAGUACAUGUAGUUGGCUUAAACCUUUGGACUUACAUAGACCACCACUGAAUCCAUUAUAAUUCAGGCUGCAGUGAAAUGAAAAAGUAGGGGUUUGAAUACUUUCUAAACAUACUGUAUAUUACCAUAUAAUAGUUAAUCUGUUAUUUACAUACAUUUUGUUUUCUCCUAACUAUUUAUACUGUAUGUGUGCUAUGUUUCAAGAUGUAUAACAUUAUAAAAAUCUGUUUGUGUGAUAAUCUAUUCGUUUCAGUAGCUACCAGUAACUGACAACUGAUAUGAGGGCAUUUAUUUAAAACCAUAUGCAUGUUGAUAUUAUUGUUAAUAAGCACUAUUUUAUUACUUGACAGCAACAAUGAAAUUUGGAAAUUUAGGUUUUGUUUCAGCAAAUUAACUAUUGGCAUAUAUUUAGAAUGCCAAUCCUGCACAAUUUGAGGAAUUCAGUCAUUUAAGUGACCUUUUAUCAUUUCCUCUGCUGUUACAGACAGAUUGCAAAUGUUAUGGAAAUUGCAAUCUGAACAUUGAAUUGAGGUGUAAAAAUGUUGUUUCUUGAGAUUCAAUGUGUCAUAUAAAAGAUGUGAUAAGAUAAAUGUAAUCCAGAGUUAAGUAUGUUUUAAUAACUGAAUUGCGUGUGCUGUCAAAUUGUUAACGUCUUUAUUUUCAGAAAAUGUUUUUUUUUUUAUAAACCAUAAAUGGCAGCUUUAUUCACUGUUUGCCAAUCAUUAUUUCACUGUUAAAUACGUCACAUAUCGAGAACAUUGUGAAUAAUUUUAAAUAAAGUAAUCAGUAAC